AUGGUGAAAGAGCUGAAGGAGUCAACAAGUUCAAUGACAUCUGUGCCGAAGCCUCUCAAGUUCUUGCGGCCUCACUACUCCACGCUGACGGAGCACUAUGCCAAGAUGCCGGCGAACGACUUAAAGAGAUUCUUCGCUGACGUCCUGUCCAUCCUGUCGACAACUAUGCAGAAGGAAGGGUCAAGGCAGGCUUUGAAGUACCGGCUGGAAGGAACGAAAGAAGGCCUCACCAGCUGGGGCCACGAGUACAUCCGAAAUAUUGCCGGUGAAAUUGGGGAGGAAUUCAAGGAGCGUACCGACAAGGGCGCUGACGUGGGUGACCUUCUGUCACUUGUUGAGGAGAUUGUGCCUUUCAACAUGCAGCACAAUGCCGAAGUAGAUGCUGUUGAUCUUCUUUGCGAAGUUGACCAAGUGCAGACGAUUGAAAAGCUUUGCGAAGAGCCCUCCUUCAGCAGAGUCUGUCUGUAUUUGCAGGGCCUUGCCAACUUUGCGGCAACUCAGGCAGACAAGGUCAUGUACCUGCACGUCUGCAUGAACCUGUACUUGAAGUACAAGGAAUAUUUUGGAGCGCUCCGAAUCGCCUUGAAGCUCAACGAUGCAAAAGCCGUUGCUGGUGUAUUCGGUGCUUGCGAGGACCGACUUGUUCAGAAGCAGCUGGCCUUCAUGAUAUCACGGAGGAAGUUCAACCAUGACUUCGAGGAGGACGAUGAACUCAAAGAGAUUGCUUCCGGCGAGAGCCUCUCAAAGCACUUCAUCUCCUUAGCCAAGGAACUUGACGUUUUGGAGCCAAAGCUGCCAGAACAAAUCUACAAGUCACACCUCGAGGAGAAGCGAUCCACCGCCGUCCUGGAUUCUGCGAAGCAGAAUUUGGCAUCGUCUUUCGUGAACGCUUUCGUCAAUGCUGGCUUCUGCAAGGAUGAGCUGAUGACGAUUGCAGAUUCGAAAUGGGUGUACAAGAACAAGGAUGCGGGCAUGAUGAGCACUGUGGGCUCCCUGGGAGCUCUGCUCUUGUGGGGUAUCGAUGAGGGCCUGACCCAGAUUGACAAGUACCAGUGGAGCUCAGAUGUGAAUCUGAAGGCUGGCGCGCUGCUAGCCUUCGGUCUGGUCACCUGCGGUGUGAAGAACGAAUGCGAUCCAGCAUGGGCCCUGCUGGGUGAGCAGCUCGAGGCAGAGGAUGCGCAGCUGCGCCUAGCUGCAAUUGUCGGCCUGGGCUAUGCGUAUGCUGGCAGCUGCCGAGAGGAUUUGCUGGAGAACCUCACCCCGAUGAUCGUUGACACUGCCUGUAGCAUCGAGUGCUCGGCCAUGGCGGCAGUCAGUUUGGGCUUGGUUUUCGUCUCCUCGUGCAAUGACGAGGUGGCCCAGGCGAUUCUACAAACGCUAAUUGAAAGACAAGCAGUGGAAAAUGCUUUAAGUGGCACCUGGCCGCAUUUUUUCGCGGUCGGCCUAGGUCUCCUGUACCUCGGUCAGCAGGAUGCUGCAGAAGCUACUUUGUCAGCACUAGAUGCGAUCACGCAUCCCGUGGGGAAGUAUGCGAAGCUGACUGUCGAAGGCUUCGCGUUCGCCUAUUCGGGUGAUGUCUUGCACGUGCAGAAAAUGUUGCAAGCGUGCACAGAUCACCUUGAAGAAGCUGAAGCCUUUCACCAGGCAACUGCCGUCCUUGGAAUAGCUCUGAUAGCUUUUGGUGAGGAGAUCGGUUCUGAAAUGGCAUGCAGAUCCAUUGAUCAUAUUCUCCAGUAUGGAGAGCUCACGCUGAGGCGAGCUGUCCCAAUUGCCUUGGCAAUCCUGCAUCUCUCCAAUCCAAAGGUGCUUGUGAUCGACACGCUGGCAAAGCUGUCGCAUGACGCGGACCAGGAUGUGGCGACUGGCGCCAUCAUGAGCAUGGGCUUGAUAGGUGCCGGCACAAACAAUGCCCGCUUGGCAGGCUUGCUCAGGCAGUUGGCGGCAUACUACGCGAAAGACCCCAAUGCCCUGUUCAUGGUCAGAAUUGCCCAGGGCCUGCUGUACAUGGGCAAGGGUCUCCUGACAAUCAAUCCUCUCUUUAGCGAUCGUUACUUGGUGGAUCCAGUUGCGUUUGGCUCCCUUGCAGUGCUGGCGCAUUCGGUGUUGCACCUGAAGAACACCAUCCUAAGCAAGAGCCACUAUCUGCUCUACAACGUGGUCCCGGCUAUGCGACCAAGAUGGUUGAUUACCGUGGACGAGGACAUGAACGAGCUGAAAGUGGCCGUCCGGGUAGGUCAGGCCGUGGACGUAACUGGCAUGGCUGGUCGUCCAAAGCAGAUCACGGGCUUCCAGACCAGAACCACUCCGGUGCUUCUCAACUUCCAGGACAGAGCGGAGCUGGCGACAGAGGAGUACCUGCCGGUCACGCCCGGAACAAUCUUGGAGGAUUUUGUCAUCCUCAAGAAGAAUCCGAAUUACAAGCCUGCUACCGGUGCUGCAUAG